GUAACUGUAUAACCUUGAAAGCGCAGCUUCUAGUUGUAUUUUGUCUGUUGUCGCUUGGAUCAGUUCAACUGUAAUACAAAAUGUUGCCAACUUUUCAUUGGUCAGAUUAUUUGGUUUUCGGUAUUUCACUUAUUUGUUACUCCCUGAUUGGAAUUUAUCAUCGAUAUCAUGAUGUAAUUUUUGGGAAAUUAACUAAUUGUUUUCGUGGUAUCAACUUUCAACCAAAAGUGAGAAAGAAAAUGAACGUAGAAGAAUUAUUCUUAGGUGAUCGUAAUUUGACAUUGUUACCUAUUGUUGGAAGUGUAAUGGCCAGUUUUUUAUCAGCUGUCGGUAUAUUGGGCACUGCAUCUGAAGCUUAUCAAUGUGGUAUUCAAUUUAUUACAUUGGUUGGAGGUUAUUGUAUUGCAUUUCCAUUAGCUGCAUAUGUUUACAUGCCAGUAUUUUAUAAGCUCAGAUUGAACAGUGCUCAUGAAUAUUUAGAAAUGCGAUUUGGAAAACUUGUUCGAUGGACAGCUUCACUUGUGUUCUUAUUACAAAUGACAGUUUACAUUGCUCUUGCAUUGUAUGCGCCUGCUUUGGCAUUCAGUCAAGUUAGUGGUCUACCCAUUUGGAUAUCGAUAUUGUCUACUGGUUUGGUGGCUACAUUCUAUACAGCAUUUGGAGGUAUUCGUGCAGUAGUAUGGGUUGAUCUUUUCCAACUAAUUGUUCUCAUCAGUGGCUUUUGUUUAAUCACACUAUUAAUUACUUUAAAAGUUGGUGGAUUCCAACGUCUAUGGGGGAUAGUAAUAGACGGUCAGCGUGUUCAAUCUUUCGAUUUUAGUAUUGAUCCUUUUAAACGACAUACAUUAUGGACUUUAAUUAUUGGUGGGACCGGAUUGGUUCUUAGUAUAUUCGGUGCUAAUCAAACACAAAUUCAACGUUAUAUGGCAUGUCGAGAUUUAAAAACUGCUCGAAGAGCUAUAUUACUAAAUAUUCCAUUGACAAGUGUAUUUUUGGCAGUACAAUUAUUCACUGGCUUAGCUAUUUAUGCUUAUUUUGCUGGUUGUGAUCCAGUAUUAAAUGGAUCUAUUAAACGUUAUGAUCAAAUAUUACCCUACAUAGUAAUGAUUUUAUUCGAUGGUGUGCUACUUGUUCGUGGAAUAUUUCUAUCAGUUAUAUUUGCAGCUGCUUUAAGUACUGUAUCAUCAGGUGUAAAUAGUUUGGCUAAUGUUUGCUUAGAAGAUUUAAUUCGACCAUUGUAUAUUCAUUGGAGACAUGUGGAUAUCUCAGAAAGAUCUAAAUAUCGGUUGGCCAUAUUUUUAGGUAUUUUAUUUGGUACUUUAACUGUAUCAUUGGCUUUCAUAUUUACAUUAUCCAGUUCACAUAUUUUACAAAUAUCAUUUUCUUUAUUCGGUGCAAUUGGUGGUCCAAUUUUAACUGUAUUUACUGCUGGAAUAUUUUUUCCAUGUAUUAAUGCUGAAGGUGGAUUAUGUGCAUUAAUUAGUGGUGUUAUUUGUGGUUUAUGGAUUUGCAUUGGAAAUACUUUUAUAACUUCAAGAACUGAUAAUGAUCGUUUACCUUUAACCAUUGAAAAUUGUUCAUCUAAAAUUCUUCAAAAUAUAUCAUCAUCUAUUGUAACUGCUACAACGAAUACAUCAAUUACUACUGUUAAUAUUAUAAAGACGACAACGUGGUCAUUUUAUUCACUUUCAUAUCUUUAUUAUGCAACAGCUUGUUUAAUUGUUGGAAUUCCUGUAGGAUUUAUAAUUAGCGCAAUUACAGGAUUUAAUAGUCGAUCACAGGUUAAUCCACGUUUAUUGGCUUGGCAGGCACGUUCGUUCUAUAGACAUUUUCCAAAUUGGCUUCCUCCACAAACAGCAAAUGAUCAGGAAUUUAAUCCAAUCUCUUCCACAUACAUUGAAAAAACAGAAAUUUUAGACAUGAAAUUACCUCGUUUACAAGUAAUCAACAACAACAACAACAAAAAUUCCAUCAAUAGAAAAUGAUCAAUCCAAAGAUUCUACUAUUUGAUGUAGUAAUAAUAAUACAAGGAAGCUAUAAUGUGAACAAUGGAGUAUACUUUACCAAUUCUUGUUUAUCCUUCAUAACUAUUUCUUUCAUCUUUAUAUUAAUUAAAUCAUAUUUAUCAACAUCAUAUGAUCAAUGAUAAAUACAACGAAUCCGACUGUAAAGAGUGAACUAUAAUGUCGGUUUUUACUCAAUCCUAUAUUGCUUUAUACUACUCAAGGAAAUAGAAAUCAAUAUCGGGAUGUUCAUUUGUUAAUAGAUUAUUUCAUUUUCAAACUACCGUUUAUUUUCAUAUUAGAGAUGGAUAACAAAAUAGUGUGUUUGUUUACUUAUAGAUGGAUGGUAUGGCAACCUGGACCGAUGCACAUAUGUGCUUGGUCCUACGUUGUAGCUGACUGACUGACUGAGAUGGAUGAUUACAGCAAUUAUCUACAAUGAAACUAACUAGUGAAAUGUAAUUUAUCAAUCACAAAAUUCUUUGAUGAAAACUAAUCUAAUGGUUGAAUUGGAAAAAAAUAUAUAAAUGCUGACAGUUACCGGUUACUUUAUUGUUGAUUGGAUAAAUUUACAACGGAUGAACGGUCUAAAUAUUAUUAUGAUAGAAGUUAACGAAGAUAAUACAAAACAAGUAGGAUCAACCUCAAUCUCAGAUGGUAUGAACGAGUUCAUUAAUGUGAUGUCGCUCACCGGAAAGCUACAUCAUACAAAUAGUGUCCAUUACAAAUAUAUGAUGAAGUACCUUCAGUUUACGUACUAUUUCAGACUUUAACAAUUUGUUUUUAUAGGUUUAGACUACAACAGUAAACUGUCGUAUAGCAUACUAAACGAUUAAUGGACGGUAAACUAUCGGGAUAGCUGCUUAAGAACUCUGUACUGGGAAGAAACAGCUAAUUAAACUCCAAAAAGUUUUCCAGGUAAUAUCAAACAACGAUGACAGUAGAAAUUCCUGAUAGAUCCUAGUUUAAGUCGUACAUGAUGAUUUCAGAAAACUGGUAGUAGACAAUCUCACAGUCUGUGUUUAUCAGCAGUAGAUUGAAUUACAUAAAUGUUACCCAAAAUAUAUAUGCUAAAAAGUCGUUCGAGUUGCUGCAUAAUGGCUAAAGUAAAGAGCUCGAAAUUCGGAAGUUUAGUUUAUUUUACAACCAUUCUCUGAUACAUAACUCAUCAAUUUCUACGUGACGUUUUAACAAUGGACAAAGUAUUCAUUGAAAUCAGGCGAAUUUUCCUUUAAAUGUUUAUCGCGUCUUCAUAUGAAUAACCAAACGAUUUGAAUAGAAUUGUUAAGAAUCAGUCACAAUUUGCGGAGAUACUUCCAUUCUUUAUCUCUCAAUAAGUUUUUUACUUUCAAAAGUAUUUAACACUUUUCUUUCUUCAAUUUUACUUAGUCUUUAACCAUAUUCUAUAUGUUUAAUACUUUAGUUUAGAUUUGUCUUAUUCUGUUGUGACAAUUUCGACUGAUGAAACUUAUCCUAAACCCCACAUUGUCUAAAUGGACGUACUUUUAGAGAUAACACUUUCCUCAUCUAAAUUUCCAGGAGUUGAACUUCUACCAGGAGAUUCACUUGUUGACUUAGAAUAUGCCGAUGACAUAGUUCUAUUUGCUGAAGACGCUGACAAAAUGCAGAGUCUUCCGACCACUCUAAGCAACAAUGCAAGCAUGUUCGGGAUGCGAUUCUCCCCCUCGAAAUGUAAAAUGUUGCUUCAGGAUUGCGUUACAUUGACAUCCGAACUAAUGAUAGGGAGUGGAGUAGUUGAGCGUGUCGACCGCUUCACUUAUCUUGGAAGUCUCAUCAGUCCUUGUAGUCACGUGUAUCACGAAAUCUCAGCACGGAUACAGAAGGCUCGACUAGCUUUUGCCAACUUGCGUCAUUUAUGGCGUAGGCGAGAUAUCCGUCUAUUAACCAAAGGACGUGUUUACUGCGCAGCAGCUCGUUCCGUCCUACUUUAUGGCUGUGAAACAUGGUCG